AUGAGUGAAGAUGGCAGGACGCAACACUGUCUAGUCGAAUCCCUGUCUUCGCCGUGGAUCAUUGCCGUCUCAACGGUGGUCAUGGCAGCUGUAUUGCUUAUGAUUAUCACUGCUAUAACUGCUCUUAAAAAGGUGAAGUUGUUUGGUGCCGGGCGUCAAGCAAUCACAGGACACUCACGAAGAAUGAUAACAGCUAGUCCAAGAGCUGGCUGA